CGUCAAACGUAAGCAAACAUAACCAACAAACCCAGUUAAAAGUGAAUAUUUUAUUGUUAAAUGCAAAUAAAAUGGCCUGGCUGCAAAAUUUGGCCGGAAAAGCCGAGGACCUGCUAAACAAAGUCGAUCAGAAUGCUGCCACCGUCCUAAACAAGUCUACAUCUAAAUCAACGGAAAAACUAAACUUGUUGACAUCUAGUUCGAGCAGUGACUUAUUUAAGGAGGAUGAAAUUAGAGCCAGUUCCAGUCACACCAGCUUAAAUACAUAUAACAGAACACCAGUAAAAAGACAGUCCCCAGUAAGUGAUGUUCCUAAAGAUACAGACUUGGUGGAUACAGGCAUAACUUUCACAGUUACAUCAGAGAAGAAAAAAGAUACAGCAUCAGAAGAGGCAAUAAGUGAUAAAUUACUACGUAGUGAUAAAUCAGUGUCUUCCAACUCAUCAAUACAUCACAGUUUCCUUUUAGCGGAGGAAGCGCAAAAUUUACACCAAAAGAUUGCAAAGCUUGAACUUGAGAAUCAGGAUCUGAAUAAGCAGCUUUUAAAUCUGCAACACCUUUACUCUGGUUUAAGAAAUGAUAAUUCCAAUCUACAAACUCAAAUUGAAAGAACCAAUGAACAAUUAUCCUUUGCUCAACAGGAAAAGGAACAGUACAUUGCGAGGGCCCAAAGAAUUUUACAAGAAAAGGAAAACUUGAUAGCUUUAAAACAAGAAAAUGCAUCACCUGAAGAAAACGAGAAUAUAUUCGCGAAUUACAACGACCAGUUAAAGGAAGAACUAAAAUUUCAACAGGAAAAAAACAAUGAACUGUUGGAGAAAAAUCAGAGAUUAACAAGUGAUAUACAAUCAUUACAAAUGCAACACCAAGUGAUUUUAAAUGGUUUGCAGCAGUCAAAUCAAGCUUUAGAGGAUAGUCUAUUGAAUGAGAAAAAAUUCAGAAAAUCCGCUGAAGAAGAUUGCAUUAUUAAAACCAGGGAAAUACAAGCAAAACACCAAGAGUUGACCCAACUUGAAAUGCAGUUGAAAGAACACGAAAACGAAAUUGCGAAGUUGCAGUUAGCAUUAAAACAGAAGAAAAUGGUCAAUGUUAAUGAAGACCUGGAGAGUCAAGUGCAAAGUUUAACGCAGACACUAAUGAUGAAACAGAACAACUUAGAGACUGUCACAACUGAAAGAAAUGCCCUGAGAUUACAGGCUGAAAAACUGGAAAUGUUGCAGAAGGAACAUCUGCAGAAAAUCGCCCAGCUACAGAAAUCCCAGGUGAAGAUCAUCAACGUUCAAGAUGCAAACGAAGAUAGAAAUCAGAUACCAAAGUUUAUGAGGGUCUCCCUGUUUGAUCAGGGAAUGACGAGGAGAGUGAAACACGCUUAUUCUGUGGUGGAUGCCAUAAGCAUUAGAACUGGAAUAUUUCUAAGGCGCUACCCUGUUGCUAGAGUUGUUAUAUUUUGUUAUAUGGUACUUCUGCAUAUUUGGGUCCUAAUAAUACUGUUUUUAUACGCACCCAGUAAUAGAUAACCAGUUAUAGUACUGUUUGUGUAAAGUGUUGUUUAAAAUUAAUACAUAAUUUAUAAUUGGUUUAUUUA